AUGACUUAGGUCAUUUAAGAAUAAAACUUAGAAUAUUUGGGUAGGUAUGUGAUUAAUUAUUUUAAGACAAGGCUUAAGACAUUACAAAAGUCCAAAUUUAGUAACAAAGAUAAUUAAUUACAAUCAUAAGUGUAAAUGAUAAAGAUGCAAGGGAUAUUAUAUAUUAUCUAUAAGAGAGAUAAAGCAUAGAUUUAUCAAAAAUAUCUCUUUGGAAAAAACUUAAAUAAUUCAUAAUAAAUUUACCUAAAGUUUCCAAUCCAAAUUCAACAUUUAGACUUUUGUGGGAAUUGAUUAGCAUGAUAUUCAUUUUUGUUUAAAUGAUUCAAAUACCUCUAGUAUUGACAUAUUCAGUUGAAUUAAGUCCAGGAUUUUAGAUUUUCAAUUAAUUGAUGGAUGUUUUUUUUUAUAUAGACAUGACUUUGAAUUUUAAAUUUGCUUAUUAUUUUAAGUACACUAGUCUAUGUAUUUUAGAGGUGAAAUUAUUUUUGAUAGAAAGAAAAUUGCCUUAAAUUAUUUAAAGUUAUGGUUUUGGCUAGAUUUUUUGGCAGUUCUACCAUAUGAUGAUAUUUUUACAGCAGAUGAUUCUUAAGCUUAAUUAAUAAAAAUAGUUAGAUUGUUUAAAUUUAUAAAAAUUAUAAGAUUGUUAAGAGUUCUUAAAAUAAGUAAAAUACUUGAAAAAUUAGAAGGUAAAAUUUAUUAAUAAAAAUUAAUUUAGAAUCAUUUUCUUUAGCUUAAACUUUUUAGGAAAUAAUUUAAUUUUUAAAGAUAGCAUGUUUAAUAUUAAGUAUUGCUCAUUGGAUAGCUUGUAUAUGGAAUAUUAUUGAAUAUACAGAUGAAUAGGUUCAUUUAACAUGGAUGCAUAAAUAUGGAAUAGAUGAAGCAGAAUGGGAAAUUAAAUAUAUUUCUGCAUUUUAUUUUAGUGUAACUACAAUGAUAACAGUUGGAUAUGGAGAUAUAAAUGCAAAUACACAAACAGAAAUGAUAUUUGCUGUAUUUGCAAUGGUUUUGGCAUCUGCAAUAUUUGGUUACAGUAUGUCUAGUUUUAUGUAAAUAAUAGAAGGAGAGGAUGAAAAAAUCUAAGAGUAAAGAAUUUAAAAUUCUAAAAUAGUUAGGUAAAUAUUCAAUUUUAAUUUAGAUAUAUAAAAUAAAAAAGUAUACCAAAAGAAUUAUAAAGUAGAGUUAAAAAUUAUUUAGAAUGGUUAGCAGGAUCAGCAUAAAUAGCUAGAAAUUAUGAAUAAUAAGUAUUAAAAAGUUUAUCAGCAAAUUUGAAAACUGAGAUUGUUUGUUUAUUAAAUGGAAGAAUUCUUCAUAAAGUAUAACUAUUUAGUAAAGAAUUUACUCCUUAACUUAUUAAUAAACUUGUUUAUGUUUUGAAUGAAUAAAUUUUAGGACCAGAAGAAUAUGUUUUCAAAGAAAAUUCAUUUGAUAAUGAUAAGGUUUAUUUUAUAUAAAAUGGUUAAAUCAAUAUUUGUAUCACUUAAAGAGAAACACUACUAAAAACAUUAUAAAAAGGAGAUUAUUUUGGUGAAAUAGGGUUUUUUGGUAGAAAACCUAGAAAUGCCUCAGCAAAAACAAUUGAUUUUGUUAAUGUAAUGAGUUUGAAAAGAACAGAUUUAUGGGAUGCUGCUAAACCUCUUGAAAGUGAUUUAUUAAAACUUUAUUUUAUGAAAGACUGUCUUGAAGUAGAGAAUAAUCUUAAACCAUUAAAAUUAAGGUGUUAUAUUUGUGAUAGACCUCAUCAUAUAGCCAAAAAUUGUACUGUUUUUCAUUACAGAGUAAGCAGAAAAAAUCUAAUAAUGGAAUAUUUAAGUCAUGAAAAUAGUAGAAUAAGUUAAGUUAGAAAAAAUCUAAAAAAAAUCAAAUUUAAUUUAGUCAAAAUUUAAGAAUCAGCUCUAAAAUAUUAAAUAAAUUAAAGUAGAUGUGAAAAACAAAUAAAAAGUUUAUAGCAUGAUUACAUUAUUGAAGAUGUUAAAAUCGCUUGUGAUAUUGACUUAUAAAAAGAAUAUACUGAAUUUUUCAAUGAAUUUAAUGUUAGUAAUGUUGCAAAAAAUAUUAAUUUCUUUGCAGAUUUGAUUUUAUCUGAAAUAGAAGAAAAGAAAAAAUAGCGAUCCUAAUUUAGAUAAACGUAAAAAAGACUUAAAAAUUAAACAAUUGCACCUAGAUAAUCAAAAGCUACUAUAGGAAAUAUGGAAAAUAUAUUGAAUAAUAAAUCAAUUGAAAAUUCUUCAUGUUUGUCUUCAGAAAAUUCAAUUAGCUGUAUUGAUAGACUUAAAAGUAAAUCUAAAAGGCUUCUUGAUUUAUAAUCUUAAUAUCAGUAUAAAUAUAAUGUUUAUUCUUAAUAGUGUUGCAAGAAGAUCUUUAACGAAUACCACUCCUAAAUAAUUUGACUUAAUUUAAAAUCAUAAUAAACUUGCUCAUAACAUAAAAAAUGUAAAACAUAUAAGAGUGUCUUCAUAAACUAGAUUUAUCUAAAAUUGUAAUGCAGAAUUAUAUAUUUUUAAGAAGGAAACCUUCAUGAGAAAAUUAAUACCAGAAUUACUAUACAUUACUUAAUUAAACUAAUUUAAAAAUUGA